CAGCAAGACUCGCCAACAAAUCAAUUGAGGCGAGAUCCACUUGGUAGAAACCAUGCUGACAGAUCCAAUCGACCUUCUGGAUCUAAACCUCCAUAGAUAACUACGCUACCGUCCCCGUUCGAAAACAGACUACUUGCCUAUGUCCCGGCACUAAUCGACACUCCAACGCAUCCUUUCAAAAGCAGAUAUGUCCACCAUCCUCAUCACCGGCAGCUCCCGCGGCCUCGGCCUUGAGCUCGUCCAGCAAUUCGCCGCCCUCCUCCCUGAGAACGGCCUCAUCAUCGCCGCCGCCCGGAACACCACUCCCGCGCUGGAGGAGGUCAUCGCGCGCGAGAAGGGCCGCGUGGCGUUCGUCGCGCUGGACAUCACCGACGAGGCCAGCGUCGUCCGGUCCGCAGAGGAGGUUCGGGGCGUAUUGGGGGGGGAUCGGAAGCUCGAGAUCCUGGUCAAUUGCGCCGGGGUUAUUGGGGAGACGCAGGAGAAGGCUGGCUCCUCGGCGGACCUCGAUUUCACGCUCUCGGUGAACGUGACGGGCACGCAUAAUGUCACCCGCUCGUACCUGCCGCUCAUGCAGGGUGCGCCGGUAAAAAAGGUUAUGAACAUCUCAAGCCAGUACGGCUCGAUGGCCCGCGCGCGCGCCAACGACUACGCCAAACUGCCGGCGUACAAGGUCAGCAAGGCGGCGCUGAAUGCGUUGACGGUGCAGUAUGCUCUGUCCUACGAGGCGGACGGGUUCGUGUUCAUGGCAGUGCAUCCGGGGUGGCUGCAAACCGAUAUGGGGGGCAGUGGGGCCGACCUCACCGUUUCCCAGGGCGCAAAGGCUGUGCUGGAGGUGAUUGUGGCGGUGGAUGAGAAGUCGAACGGGACGUUUAAGAAUAUUCAUGUGGAGAGUUCGGAGAUUUAUCGUGGAGAGGAGAUCCCUUGGUGA